UUUUAAUAGAGAUAUUAAACAAUAUUUAUGUAACCCCCUGAAAGUUAUUUUGUACAUGAUAUAUACAACUUCACUGCAAUAGGCAUAAUCAUAGAUAGUGGACUAAAUGAUCUAAUCCUGUACAUUUCUUCCUCCUGUAGAUAUAAUUUCAAUUAUAUUCAGUUGUUUUUGAUUAUUUUAUGUCUACAACUGGAAGAUAACAUGUUAGGAAUAAUUGCAUUAAGCAUAAGUCCUAUUAUAUCCAAUCUGGUUAAUAUGCCUGUAUAUUUCUGGUAUUUUAUUACUUUUUUACUAUGUACAUUUUUACUUUAUAGGGGUCUGUUUAUCUACUUUCCAAAAGGCAAAAAAUAUAUAUUUUAGUAAUAAAAUUGUAUUUAUUCUUAAAUUAUAGUUAGCGGUUAAUGUGUGUAAUUGAAUGUAAUGGGUGCUUUUUUUAUAAGUGAGAAAGUAAUUUUAUGCAGUGAUCAUUUGUGGAAGUUAUUUUCAUAAUUUUCUGAGACUUUUUAUCAAUGAAAGCUAAAGUUGUUAUCCAAGUUUGGAAGCCGAUUUCUUGAUUGCUUUUGGGCUGAAAUCUUUAUUAUUAUUGGACCAGGUGGAAGAGGAAGUUGAAAAGCCAUCUGCUAGAAUGUCAAUAAUAGGUGCUUUUUGCUCUCCCGAUGACGUGCCUGCCUGGGAUUUCUGGCUGCGCGCUGGAGGAUUAGAUGUCAAUCAAAAAGCCGCACAGAAACUGAAGUUGCUCCAGCGGGUUGGAGAACAAGUAAGUUGGAAUUGUGACAGGCCGGGAUCACUCCAAACACUGACCUUGGAGGAGAAACUGCCGAAGCAUCAACCGGCGUGUGGAGCUAGAAUAAAAAUCGAUUCAAUGUUAAAAUCAGAAGUGAAUCCCACUGUAGGGUUGCACAGGACUAUUGCUGGGACUGUUUCAAUUUUGCAAAGUAUGCAUUAUUUUUUAAAGACAAUUUUAAUAAUCUGCUGCCUGACAAUAACUGCUGAGAGCAGAAAACACAGGAAGAAAAGAUGGACAUCUCAAGUUGAACACCCCAAAAAGGGAAGUCCCAUAAUAAAGAGAAUUCCAGAUUCAACCAAAAUUCGACCAUCAAAGGCAGAACAUCUUCUCAAAGUGGAUGAUCAUGAUUUCACAAUGAGACCUGCAUUUGGUGGCCCAGCAAUACCUGUUGGCGUUGAUGUGGUGGUGGAAAGCCUGGACAGUAUCUCUGAGGUGGAUAUGGACUUCACGAUGACCUUGUACCUGCGCAACUACUGGAAAGAUGAGCGACUCUCAUUUCGCAGCAGCACCAACAAAAGCAUGACAUUCGAUGGCAGGCUUGUCAAACGGAUCUGGGCCCCCGACGUGUUCUUUGUUCACUCUAAACGGUCAUUCAUCCAUGACACAACCACGGAUAAUGUGAUGCUGCGCAUCUUUCCAGAUGGAAAUGUGCUGUACAGCUUAAGGGUUACAGUGACGGCGAUGUGUGGCAUGGAUUUCAGCCGCUUCCCUCUCGACACACAGACCUGCUCCCUGGAGAUAGAGAGCUAUGCUUACACUGAAGAUGACCUUAUGCUGUAUUGGAAGAAUGGAGAAGAAGCAUUGAAAACAGAUGAAAAAGUGUCCUUGUCUCAAUUUCUCAUACAGAAAUUUCACACUACCUCCAGGCUGGCUUUCUAUAGUAGUACAGGUUGGUACAAUCGUCUGUACAUUAACUUCACCUUGCGCAGGCACAUAUUCUUCUUUCUGCUGCAAACCUACUUCCCAGCGACUCUGAUGGUCAUGUUGUCCUGGGUGUCGUUCUGGAUCGACCGGCGGGCUGUGCCAGCCCGGGUUUCAUUAGGUAUAACAACAGUUCUGACCAUGUCUACAAUUAUAACGGGCGUGAAUGCGUCCAUGCCGAGAGUGUCCUAUAUUAAAGCCGUGGACAUCUACCUGUGGGUUAGUUUUGUGUUCGUCUUUCUCUCAGUGCUGGAGUAUGCUGCUGUGAAUUACCUGACCACAGUGCAAGAGAGAAAACAGAGAAAGCUGCACCAAAAGUUCCCCUGCACGUGUGGAAUUACUGGCACUAAGGCCAUGCUUUUAGAUGGUACCUAUAGUGAUGUUGAUGUCAACAGUCUGGCUGGAUUUACUGGAACUCCGAUAAUAACUCAGAAUAGAGGCGAGCAGGACAGGUUGGUUGUUCACUUAUCCAUUGAUGGAGCAUCCAAGCUACGAAAGAAGAGGCGCCUCAGGGAUUUUGUUGGCAAGCGAAUCAUCAAUAAUACCCACUCGAUUGAUAAAUAUUCCAGAAUGGUAUUUCCAGCAUCAUAUAUAUUUUUCAACUUGGUGUAUUGGUCUGUAUAUCUAUAGAUAGUAUUUUGAAUGAGCUUAUUCCUCUGUUAAAACCAAAACAAAAACGAUUCAGCUUCUGUACAGUAUACAGAACAUAAACGUAAAGAAAACAAAGAUAAAUGUGUGGAAUAGUCAUGCAUUUAUUAAGGAAUUCAGUGUGGCUUUUUCCUUGCUUUUGAACUUCUGCCUUGAUGUCCAACAUACAUCCGACAGCCUGAACAUUAACAUUUAUUUUUCGGCACAGUAAAGUCUGUUCGGAUCUAAUGUUAAGGGGUAUUGGUUUGCUCGCUGACCUUUCAGCUUUGGAACCUGCAAGCAAAUUAGUCCAGAAUCAUCUGAUGAAAUUUUCUUUUGUCUGCUUGGUAGUCGUGAUCCUAUAUGAAGUGAUCUUGAGAGAGAUUAGCUUUAUUUGUCACAGGUAUUUCGAAACAUCAAAAUACAAAGUGAAAAGUGUUGUUCGCGUCAGGAACCAACACAUCCUGAUGAGGUGCUGGGGGCAGCCGCAUAUGUCCCUGUGAUUCCAACAACAACGUAGCAUGCCCACAAAUUACUAACCCUAACCCAGACAUUUUUGGAACGUGGGAGGAAACCAGAGGAACCCCACAGGGAGAACAUACAGACAACAGUGGGAAUUGAACCCUUUCCUUACAGCUGGCACUGUAAGUGGUAUACUAACUGCUACAAUACUAUGCUGUUCCCUCUUGGGUAAUCCUGUUCUACGUGGAUUUGGGCAGCAUAAACCAUCCCUAAUUGACAUGUCUGGGACACUUCAAGAUGAUUGCUGGAGAAAAUGGUAAAAAUGUCAGACAUCUGCAGCAAUACAGGGAGGAGUGAGAGCCAUUUUGGGAUUAGAGUAGAUACUAGUGUGCAUUUAAUAUUGUUCCAGUAGAGGCAACUGCUACUUGUGCAGCAGUUCAAAGUCUAUGAAAACGCAAACACAAUAUAACAAUAUAUUUUAACCACUGAAAUCCUGUGAUGUAAUUUCAAUACUGAAUAAUAUGAAAAUAUGUAAUAACUAAAAUAGUAACUUUGAAAUUUGUAUAUUAUUAAAGUGGUGGUGGUGCUGUAGGUUUCCACAAAUAAAAUGGUG